AUGCAUAUUCCCAACUAUGUUGAGCUUAACCAACUUCAGGGAGCUCACUACGCUAUCCUAGCUGGUGCACUUCGCAAUAUUCUCAACACUGAUAUCGCACUCAUAACAUACGCCCAGAUCAUCGAUGGCCUUCCGACUGCUGAUGUUGCUUGGGAUCAGUACGCAAACAAACGACACCCAGAUCAUCCAGUAAAUAACCACAAAACCCUCUGCAAUGGAGUGUUGGAGAAGGCAAAGGACUUCCGGGCAAACUUCGCCAUGGGUGAUGUGAAGGUGGACCUUGAGAAACUUGAUAGAUAUAAGAAAACCGAUCCUUCUUCCCGAUCAUUCGGACUGCGUCUCAUCGAGAUGACAGCUUGUACUCUGCACCAAAUCGCCGUUCUAUUGUCGCAAAUGGAAAAGCUCCAUGACCCUAGCACAACUAAUGGCUAUGAUAUCGAAGGCACUACUAAGUGGGAGCGUCCCCCAGACCAGUGGGUUCGUACUACACCAUGGCCCACGAUGUUUAUCAAGACAAACUUCACCGCAUAUGAACAGUACCCUCACGGAAUUGAUGAAAUUGUUGGUUACUGGGCGGAGAAUCGCAUUCUGGGUGGUGUGGUUCUUUUCGACCAUUCCCAGUCGUGGGAGGCUGACGACGAGCCAAAUGUGUACUUCAUAUGCACACGCGCAAACGUUACUUUCCGGGUUUGUCAACUUCUUGAUGAUCAACAAUCGACCUUACUUGCCUUUCUCCUGGCAGACAGUGAGGAUGCACCUGCCCUCUAUCCUCUACCGAUUCUUCCAGGACCUCAAAACCGACAACGAAUCGAUCCAUCUGAGGCCAUUCCAAUCCACAAGGUCUACAGGGACGAAUGGGAAAGGAACCCGCCUCGGUCAAAGUUGAGAAUGCAACGAUUCAUGAGGUCACGUGCAAAGAAUUCGCUGGACUAUCCAGAGAUAGACGUAGAUGAAGAGAUUGAGAGGCUGAAUCGGAUGUGA